AUGUCCGAGAAAUGCAAGACAAUUCCGCAAGUGUUUCGGCUUCCCAGCUUCAGCUUCUGGCACGAUUUCCUCGCGCAGUGCACGGAGUUAGCCAUGUCGGACGAGGUCGUAGCUCUUGUGGUUGACAAUGGCAGCGGCAUGUGCAAGGCAGCGGGUUUCUCCGGCGAUGAUGCUCCGCGAACGGUCUUCCCUUCCAUCAUCGGGCGGCCGAAGAUGCCGGGCAUCAUGGUCGGCAUGGACCAGAAAGACCAUCUCGUCGGCGAUGAGGCGCAGGCUAAGCGCGGUGUCCUGGCCCUCAAGUACCCUAUCGAGCACGGCAUCGUGACGAAUUGGGACGACAUGGAGCGAAUAUGGCAUCACACUUUCUACAACGAGCUGCGUGCAUCGCCUGAAGAACAUCCGGUUCUGCUGACAGAGGCGCCGCUGAACCCAAAGGCCAACCGCGAGCGCAUGACUCAGAUUAUGUUUGAGACGUUUGGAGUGCCGGCGAUGUAUGUCGCCAUCCAGGCAGUGCUGUCGCUGUAUUCUUCCGGCAGAACUACCGGUAUUGUCAUGGAUUCGGGAGACGGCGUCUCUCACACCGUGCCUAUCUACGAGGGCUAUGCGCUUCCACAUGCAAUCGCACGCCUGGAUCUAGCUGGCCGCGACCUUACCGAAUACUUGAUGAAGAUCAUGAUGGAGAGUGGCUACUCCUUCAGCAGCAGCGCCGAGCGCGAGAUCGUGCGGGACAUCAAAGAGAAGCUUUGCUACAUCGCGCUGGACUUCGACAGCGAGAUGAAGUCUGCAGCGGAGAGCAGCGACAAGGCAAAGACGUACGAGUUGCCAGAUGGGAACAUCGUCUCCUUGCAAAGCGAGCGGUUCCGCUGUCCGGAGGUGCUGUUCCAGCCCAGCUUGGUGGGCAAGGAGGCGAUGGGAAUCCACGACACCACCUUCCGGUCCAUCAUGAGCUGCGAUGUGGACAUCCGCCGCGACCUCUAUCAGAACGUGGUCCUGUCCGGAGGAUCCACGAUGAUGCCGGGCAUCGGCGAGCGCAUGACCAAGGAGCUUUGUGCCCUGGCGCCUUCCACCGUGAAGGUGAAAGUCAUCGCACCUCCUGAGAGAAAGUACAGCGUGUGGAUCGGUGGCUCCAUCCUCUCGUCGCUGAGCACCUUCCAGCAGAUGUGGAUCUCCAAGGCAGAGUACGACGAGAGUGGGCCCAUGAUCGUCCACCGCAAGUGGAGCACCCGAAGGAGCACAGAGGUUGCUUCGGGUGUCAUUGCCGCGGUGGCGCCAUUUGCGGUUGUAAUGACAUUGCAGCUGCCGAUUCAUAGUUCCACGAGUCUUAACAGCAUCAAGAGCCUGCGUGUGCCGGUGGUGCAUGUGGAAAUGUCCGAGAAAUGCAAGACAAUUCCGCAAGUGUUUCGGCUUCCCAGCUUCAGCUUCUGGCACGAUUUCCUCGCGCAGUGCACGGAGUUAGCCAUGUCGGACGAGGUCGUAGCUCUUGUGGUUGACAAUGGCAGCGGCAUGUGCAAGGCAGCCCCUCUAAAGCCAAUGCUGGAAGUUGUUUUGCUUGCUAUCGGCUCCGUAGCGGGUUUCUCCGGCGACGAUGCUCCGCGAACGGUCUUCCCUUCCAUCAUCGGGCGGCCGAAGAUGCCAGGCAUCAUGGUCGGCAUGGACCAGAAAGACCAUCUCGUCGGCGAUGAGGCGCAGGCUAAGCGCGGUGUCCUGGCCCUCAAGUACCCUAUCGAGCACGGCAUCGUGACGAAUUGGGACGACAUGGAGCGAAUAUGGCAUCACACUUUCUACAACGAGCUGCGUGCAUCGCCUGAAGAACAUCCGGUUCUGCUGACAGAGGCGCCGCUGAACCCAAAGGCCAACCGCGAGCGCAUGACUCAGAUUAUGUUUGAGACGUUUGGAGUGCCGGCGAUGUAUGUCGCCAUCCAGGCAGUGCUGUCGCUGUAUUCCUCCGGCAGAACCACCGGUAUUGUCAUGGAUUCGGGAGACGGCGUCUCUCACACCGUGCCUAUCUACGAGGGCUAUGCGCUUCCACAUGCAAUCGCACGCCUGGAUCUAGCUGGCCGCGACCUUACCGAAUACUUGAUGAAGAUCAUGAUGGAGAGUGGCUACUCCUUUAGCAGCAGCGCCGAGCGCGAGAUCGUGCGGGACAUCAAAGAGAAGCUUUGCUACAUCGCGCUGGACUUCGACAGCGAGAUGAAGUCUGCAGCGGAGAGCAGCGACAAGGCAAAGACGUACGAGUUGCCAGAUGGGAACAUCGUCUCCUUGCAAAGCGAGCGGUUCCGCUGUCCGGAGGUGCUGUUCCAGCCCAGCUUGGUGGGCAAGGAGGCGAUGGGAAUCCACGACACCACCUUCCGGUCCAUCAUGAGCUGCGAUGUGGACAUCCGCCGCGACCUCUAUCAGAACGUGGUCCUGUCCGGAGGAUCCACGAUGAUGCCGGGCAUCGGCGAGCGCAUGACCAAGGAGCUUUGUGCCCUGGCGCCUUCCACCGUGAAGGUGAAAGUCAUCGCACCUCCUGAGAGAAAGUACAGCGUGUGGAUCGGUGGCUCCAUCCUCUCGUCGCUGAGCACCUUCCAGCAGAUGUGGAUCUCCAAGGCAGAGUACGACGAGAGUGGGCCCAUGAUCGUUCACCGCAAGUGCAUCUAG